AUGGUGAAUCCUGUAGACUGUCUCCUACAUUUUUCAGAUACAAACUUCACAUGGCAUGAAGCACUGCAGGAAUAGAAUAAUAAACCAGUCCUAUCUAGGUCAGGUUGCUCAGUCCCAUCCAUCUUGAUCUUGAAUGUUUCUAGGCAUGGGACAUCUACCACCUCCUCAAUCAACCUGUUCCAGUGUUUCAACACCCUCAUCAUAAAAAAUACUGUGGAGUAACUUACUGCUUGAAGUGUCUGACUGAACCUACAUCUCUCUUUUUGAAUAAUAAAAACUUUAGGACUAUAACUGUACCCAGCUGUAUCUGAAUCACCAGGUUUUCAUGUUUCCUGUCUUUCCUCUAGCAGCCAGUAGGUUUCAGACUUAAUGUUUUGUAUACAUUUUAAAGCCUUAAGCCUUAUGUUUUUAGGAAUUAAGUUAAUUACAUUGUUUCUGUAACCUUAUUCAGACAAUCUAGCUUUAAUAUGACUUGGGUGACAAUUCCAGUGAUGAUGAGUGACGUGGCCCUUAGAUAUAUGCAUUGUCUCAGUGGGUCCUUUCAGUCUGUCCCCCUGUUUCCUGUCAAUCACUGUGGGGGUUUUUUUUAUCAUCUGCUGUGACUAGAAAGAGGCUAGUUUGACUAUGUGGAGAUUUGCUGUGUCCAUGCUUGCAUGUUUCAGUGCAUACAUAUACAUAAAUACACAGUGAUUGUAUGCUUGGUUUUUUGGUACAACAACUCUGCAAGAGCCUCCAUAGAUCUGUCACUUCAGUGUAGCAGAUGUAAUUGAAGGUGGCAUGUCCAAACAUUCCAGAUACAUUCAAAGUCUGAAAAGCAUAGAAGAGCUGUGAGAGUUCAUGUAUUUGGUACAUCCGUGCAUGCUUGUGUAUCUAAUAAUAUCUUGUUACCUGACUGAUUUUUAAAAUUAUUGAAGGAUAAUUCAGGUAUAUGAAUUGUGAAUGAAAGUAUUGGGGGGUUCAGCUAAAAAAAUGAUGAACAUUUAUAAGCCUCAAGAAAUUUUACAAUAAAUUACAUUGUAGUAACUGAAAGUCAGGCUUGAAGGUGACCGUUAGAGGAAAUAUAAAUAUAGAAUCUCACACAUCAUGAAGUAACUGAAGAAACUGCAAUAUUUUUUUAAAAACUAAGUUUAAAGCUGCAUAAGGAAAUAUAUUCAUUGUUAGAAACUGAAAUAUAUUGAAGUAGCUGUGGCAGACUGAGAAUUUGACUUGGGAGAACUCUGCUGGGAAAGUGGCCUGUGUUAGGAAUUUGAGUGUGCAAAUUCCAGAAGUGUUUUCAGUUGCCCUUAAUUCCUUACAGCUCAGUUUUUUAAUCUGCUUGGUUUUAUAGUGCAAGUCUAACUUCAUGUUAACUUUAAUAGUAAAAUCUAUCCAUAUACGUUAUUUUGGAACAUCAGUUAUGACUGUGUUUUUGUCCAGGAAUGCUGAGUAAACAGAAUAUUUGCUAUUAAGUACUUUUCAAUGCUACAAGUACUUUUCAACUCAACUGAAUUGAGAAGUGUAUUUAUAAUUCUAAAUUUAUAGUAUGAGAUUAUUGUGUGUAAGAGUAAAAACAUCAUAAGAUUUAGGGUUUAGUGCAAUUUAAUUUAUAAAUUUUCUUUUGAGCAUCUAUACAUUAUUAUAUGGCUGAACUUUUACAUCUCUUCCUGCUUAUGUGAUGGUUUUAAUAAUUGAGUUGUUUUUCAUUUGUUACUUAGAAUUGAUAAGGAGACAGAAGACAGAAGGCAAAAAGCUAUUGAGGAGGGUACUAGUCUAAAUUUAUGUUGAAAAUUUUAAAAAGUGCUGAGAUGGUUUGUUUUUAUUCUACUCCAGUUUUUCACAAAAAAACUCAUAGUUCCUUCUCCUUGGACUGAACAUGAAGGCAAGCAAGUUUCUCAGUUUAAUUCUACUAAAUCCAUAGAUAUAAAUAACAUUUCUCCAAUUGGAAGGCAGCUGAGCUUGCAGCCUGGGAAAAGCAAUGCUGCUUGUCAGACAGUACUGUCUUUGCCAGUGGAUUUUAAUUUAGAGAAAAUACUAGGUGAAUAUUUUAGAACUGAUGAAUUUGCAGAUCAGUCUCAGGAAAAUCUGAGUUCUUCAUCACUCAGAAGAAAGCUGUUUUUGGAAGAAAAUGGGAAUGUAUCUGCAUGUUUGUCCCCUUCUCUGCAUAGUCCAUGUGGUAGUCAGCCACUUGGAGUGCUUUGUUCAAUAGAAUUAUCUCCAGUCCGGUGCAGAAGCCCCCUGGACACAUCUAGUUCAGGUCAGUUUUCAUCAAGUCCUAUUCAGGGAGGAACAAGAGCUUAUAGUCUGGGAAGUAUAACCAGUCCCCCGUUUUCAGAGGGGUCUCCUGCACAUAAUGGUUCUCCUGCUUUUUCACCAAUUGCUUUUCACAUAAGAAAAACACCACUCUCAGACCAAAGAAAAUUUAGAUUUCGUUCUCCAGAUAUUCCUUCCUCAAAUAGAAUGACACCCCCAAGUACAAGAAGUCCUUACAUAGAUGGUUGUUCUCCAAUUAAAAAUUGCUCUCCUAUGAGGCUUGGAGCCUGUAGAGGAACUGCCCAAUAUCAGACUUCUGUCAUUAGAAUUCCAAUUGCAGUUGAGAAUCAUGAUGAGGAUGAGGAAGACAAGGAAAACACUUCUCCAGCAGAAGCUCGGUUCCCAGAAAUGGAUAAUGGAAUAAACUUACAUCAGGAAGACAGUGACGCUUUUGCACAUGGUACACAUCUUGUGGUGGCAACUGUGUCUAUUGCACCAGAUCACUCAGAAAGCUGUCAUCAAAGGUUGUCAUCAUUUCGGGAUAUAGAGGGCUUAAAGGAAAAUAAUACUGUAGACAUGGCUGAUGCAGCUGAAGUCUCAGACGAAAACACCUGGAUAAAAGAAACAAUUGGCAAUAGCAAUACAGCAAUGACCAGCUUUAUGACAGGCAUUACUUUCAGUAUUGAAAGCUCUCGCAUGUGCAUGUCACCUCUUGCAGAAAGCAGUGCAAUUCCUUGUGACAACAGUAGUAUUCAGGUGGACAGUGGCUACAAUACACAGACUUGUGGAAACAGCAUUAUGGAUACUGCGGGGGCUGAAAACAGUUGCAGAGAAAAUGAUGUGAAUACUGUUGUGUUUCAGAAUAAAUCUCAGCUGAUUAGAACAAAGGAAUGUUCUGUUUUAAGCCAUAAGGACAAUCAGUUGCUGAGAACAAAAUCUCCAGAGAAGCAAUCCUGUUUUCAAAAAGGAAAAACACAUAGCACAGUAUUUGGUCAAAAUGCAACUUGCAACAUUUCUGCUUGGAAACAUAAAAAUUAAAAUCAAGUUCAGGGAUUUCACAAAAGUGGUAUGUAGUUUUCUGAUGGAGAAUUUAAAGCUGUGGUUUCUAAUAAAUUUUUAUACAUAUGACCUCAAUUACCUGGAUUAUACAUACUAUUUUGCUUUUCUAAUGUAAGUGUAAUAAACUAUUUAGUAUAUAUUAAGGGAGUUAUUAAAUAAUGUGGCAUUUUUCAGGUCUUAUUAUGGAAUUUAUUAUUGUCAUUAAGUGAUCCUUUUUGAAAAUUAAGGUGUCUAGAUUUGGUACAGAGAAAUAAGAGGUUUUUUCAGACUCAUUCCUUCUAUGACUGGGGGGAUUCCAUGAGCAGACUAGGAUAGCUUGCAUAGGAAUCAGUAUAACUGCAAAAUUAUCUACAUUUUAAGAUUUGUCCCUCCUAAAGGCAUGAAGGACAUUGUUCUUUGUGGGAAAGCAAGUGAAAAGGGUAUUAGUCUAGUUUUGGAUUGCUUUUCUCCAACCAGAUAUAUUGUAUGGCUUCAUAAAUACCACCACUAGUACCAAGAGUAAGUCACUGGACAGUAGUGAACUGCUAGAGUGUGAUGAGAGCAAACACCAAGUUUUCUCUUAGAAAUAUAAAAUGAGCUUUGUGUCUAAAGAAGCUGUUUAGCAAUUCUCUGAACAGCUUUUUCCUUGGUUUGACAGAAAUCUGUAAUGUCAGUUAGGUUUACCAGGUACUUAAGUAAAAUGUAUUACUGGUUACCUUAAAAUUAAAAGGUAAUGCUGUUGCUUUGGUAAUUGUGUUAGUACUAAACUUGGAGUUGAUCUCCUGACACUACUACUGUCUCUGAAGAGCACUUGUGUCCAGACUGAUGCUCUGGUACUCUUUGAAAGGAACCUAAGAAGGUGCAAUAGGAUUCACUGGUCUCAGUACAUCACUAAGAAAAUAGUGCAGCCUUUCUUCUGUAACAGUAAGGCAUUACAUUUUUACUUCAGUCUUUUGUUUAAUUCCUAGAAUUAUUAUGUUGUUUAAAGGAAUUGCCAAAAUAUUUAGAUAGUUAAAAAUAUAAUUAACGUUUGCAUGCUGUUUAUUACCAAAAGUAUUAAUACAAGCAAACCUUUGAUCCUUUCAAGAAAACCAUCAAUGAAUUGAAAUGAUGGAUUGGGGCAGGGGGGUCAAAAGCAGAGAAUUUGCUUUGUGUAAUCAAAUCAGGUUUGGUUGAAUUUGCUUGUAUUUGUUUAAAAUUCUGGAACUUAUAAAUGUGAGUAAGGAGAAAAAAAGUCCAUUUGGUAAUCUAGUGGUGACCAAGAGGGAAAGAAGAGGUAAGGGAUACACUGGUGUUUCUGGGCUCUGUUUAUGUAGAGGUCUGGUAAACUUCGUUGGAUUAAUGAAAAAGAAAAGUCCAUUUUAAACUAUUUCAUGUGAAGCAGUCUUCCUCUCUUUACAUAGCAAGGAUGUCCCAGGAUAUUGGAUCUGUUCUAUUUCUGUUCUAUUCCACAACCAACAGAAAAGCUUGUACCAAAGUGACAGUGGCUGAUGAGCAGCUAUUGGCACACUAGGCCUGAAACCUAUUGGUCAUAUUGGUCAGAUGUAAAUUUGAAGGCAAGACAGCAUUUAAAAAAAUUCUCAAAAGGCAAAAUGUGAACAGAAUCUCUUGGCUUUAAAAUCAGUGUGUUAAACCUGACAGUUGUGUGUUGUUUGAAUAGAACAGUUAUUGAAAUGCUUUAACUAAUAAUUUCCUAGUGAAGGCUUUCUGAAAAGUGUAUUUAAGAAAAAGGGAAACGUCUGUCUGGAUAAUUUGAUUGUAGUUCUCACAUUGCAAAAAUAAAUAUUAAAAAAUUUACUUUAGAAAUCUAAUGAGCAAACAUGAUGUGCAUUAUUUUUACUUCUGUAGCAAUUGAAUCACUAUUUCUGUACUGCAUGUGGGAUUGACAGUAAUGGAAUCUAGUGUCAUAUAUUAGCUAUUUCAUGAUCUUCAAACAGUGCCCUACCAGAAGCUGGAAAUACACUGGAUUGAUAACAAUUAAGGGAUGGAUUUUAUUAAAAGCAGGAAAUUAACUCAGACUUUUAUAGAAUAGGGCCUUCAAAAUGUUCUUGGCUUUAGCUUUGAAGUUCUGUCACUCAAAAGCAGGCUACAACUUAUCUCAGAUUUAAGAGUUACAUAUGAUCUUGCAUCAUUUCUGUUUCUCAUGAUAAUUUUAACAAUAAUCAGUUGAAAGACUGUACAAAGGAUUUAUUUUUGCAAUUGUGAUUACUAAAAUAGGAAUAGAAAUUUAAUGAAUGUUAAGCAGGGUAGCCCAAAUUAUGAUCUGUUUCUGAAUUUUUGAGUUACAUGUAUAAUUAAGAUUUUAUUUUACUUUUUGACUAAAUUUUUUGAUUGUUUUUAAAAUAUGUUCAGUGAUCAGAAGCUUUUGAAGUACUUACAAGGAAAAAAGCAAUCCCUAAAGUAUUUCAUUUCAUCCUCUAUUAGCAUUUUCUUAAAGGUAAGAAAAAGGAACAGAAAUGGGUGGAUGUGAGAAGUGAUUAAGGAUGCUCCCACCUAAAUUGCCUGUAUUUUUCAUCCUGUUUUGUAGUCUUCAGUUAGAUGGGAAAUAUUUAUUUUGUUAAAACAUGCCUAUUUUUUUAUUAUGUUUGUAUAAUUGAUUUGUAGAGAAACCUGCUGUGUAAAUUACUAUGGAAGUCACUUGACCAUUCUGUUUCUGUAGUUGUAAAUGCAUUGGUUGGCACACAUUGCACAAAACGGUCAUUGUUUACAUUAAUUUAAUAUCAGUAGUUCUAACAAGAGUCCUUUAACAUGUCUAACUGUAAAUCGAGCAGUGAAACAGAAUAAAGACAUUUCCUUAA